AUGCUUCAUGAGAUCCUCCUCUCACUCUCCGGCCAGCCGUCACCCCUCUUCACUUCAUCUGCAGGGAAAGAUGCGCUCUCUCAGAACGAUCUUGCCCUUCUCUCUCCUCCGGAGAAAGCUCUCCUCCAAUCCGUCGCCCACCUGAGUCGGCUCCAUGCCCAGCUCCGAGCGGCUACGUCCCGCAUAUCGUCUGCACAUCGUUCCAUAAUUUGUCGAUCGGUCUCUACGGCCAUUGCCACCGCUCAUCUGGGCCAGUUCCAAAAGAAGAUCCUCGAGGUAGAGAAGGCAAUACUCACUGAGGACAGUGGUUAUGUUGGUGGCUAUGGAAUCGUCCCACUCUCCACCAUUGUCGGGGAAUUUGCCCCAUGGACCCGGCGCAUGGAAUGGUUAUGGACUGUUGUGAAAUUCAUACAACCUGAAAGCCAGCCUCAGGAGCAUCGGUCUGGCAGUACGGGUUCCGCCUUGAUCGACUACCUACGCACCGAAUCUCAAACCGGGUAUUUGGACAUCAAGGAAAUCGCGGUACAUUUAGUGACGGUUGCCGAAGCAGCAUGGAUGAAGCAGCUCUCGAUGUGGCUACUAUAUGGAAACUUGCCCAUGUACGGCAAGGGCGAUUUCUUUAUUCAAGAGAGCCUGAACAGCGAAGACGAUGAUACUCAGUUCAGCAUGCACAUGGAUCUGCUCCCCAACUAUGUCUCUGCGGCAACUGCAGCUUCCAUAUUAUUCAUUGGGAAGUCCCUGAACCACGUUCGCACGAAGAGGAAAGCCUCUGAAGGCACCUCUACAUCCCCGGUGACAUUGUACCAAGAGCAUAUCGAGCAAUUGGUAGGGUUGAAAUCACCUAUAUCAGCUUCUAAGCUUUCCACGGCUGUGGACUGGGUCCGACUUUCCUUGUCUCAGUCUACUUUGUCUAAACUACUCCCUUUACCCAAGAUCCUCGAGAUGCUAACAUUACUGCACGAUUUUCUCUUAUUGGGACGGGGAGAAUUCGCAGUGGCUUUAGUCUCGCAUGCGGACUCACGCAUCGAAGAAAGCCGCCGGCGCGGCGCCCUCGCUCGCGCGCAGAGUGGAGGUUGGGAGGGUCUGCUCAUCAAGGAAGGAGACGUGAUGACAGCCCUGGCACAGGCAUGGGCGGAGCUGUUCUCACUUCAAAAAGAAGAGGACCCAGCCGACGAGGAGCUGGAACUUGCUCGUGAGCUGCUCCGGCUAUCAAUAGGCGACCGCAAGACUGGUCGUGCCACAACGCCAUCACACGACUCGACGGCGAUCCCAGAGAUCUCUCGGGUCGCCUUUGACGACAUUCUAUUUCCUACCCCAACCUCGAUGAUCGCACAGGUCCGUGCCCCCCUGGAUCUGUUCUUAUCCAGCUCCGAUAUUGCCAUCUACUCGAAGAUCCAUUCCUAUCUCCUCGGCAUCCGACGUGCCCAGAUCCGUCUCGGGGACCUCUGGAAACACACCUCUCUGCGGAGGAAUCACCCCUCCCCAUGGGGCCCGCCCCGAAGCAAUAGCGACUUUGGCCGAAACCGACUACAGGCCAGUCGCGCGCGAGAAAACGUACGUAUUCGACAGAUGCGACAGAUCUGGGCCACCGCCAGCGCGUGUCUGUUCGUGCUCUCUGAGAUCGGGAGCUUCUUUCAAGGUGAAGUCAUCCACGAGUCCUGGCAGCACCUUCGCGACUGGAUCCAGGGUCCCUCGCCAUCUCCCGCCUCCGCACCAGGCUCUCGACCCGGCACAGCUUCGUCCAGACCCCCUCGGUAUCCCGCCGAUGUACUCGCCUCCGCGAGCCGACCCUCCAGCCGGCCCUCCAGCCGGCCUUCCUCGCAACCAGGCCCGCCCUCGAUGGGUCGACACGACCCGGAAGCUCUAACGGUCGCGCACCGGCGUCACCUGACCUCCCUCGUUCAUUCUCUCUUCCUCAUGGACGAGCCCUUCACCAGCACGCUGCGCACCCUCCUCACCAGCGUAGACCGGUUCGUCGCGCUAGUCGUUCGCCUCGAGACCAUCCAGCGACAUAUGGACCUGGAAGCGGACGAGGGCGUGGAAGACGCGCUGGUUGACUACGCACAAGAGGAGCGCGAAGUGUGGCAGGACCUGCGGGAGACGCGCGAUGACGUGGAAACCGGCAUCAAAGAGCUGGUCGCGCGCUUGCGGGACAUCGACAACAGCCGCUCUGGUGCAGGCCUGGGCCUGGGCCUAGGCAUGGCCCUGCCCGGCCCGAUUGGCUCGGGCUCCCAGCCCAUCGUCCCCGGCAGCACGGGCCCAGGCUUUAGCCACUAUAUCCCGCGCCAACCGGCGGGCGUGGACCGGCUUCUGAUGAAGCUGGACUUUGGCAGCCUACGCAGCGUUGGAGGCGCCACCAUCGCGGCGGGCUUGGCGGAGAUGACCUAA